GUCAGAAGUAUGCGGGGCUUGUCUUUACAGACCUUACGUCAGUCUGGACUCUUUAACAGGCUGUCAGUCCCGGUCCGGACACACAGACAGAGGUGCGCGGAGGAGAUGAGAGCCACGGGACGAGGAUGUAGCACACCUGCGGGGAGCGGCGAGCCGAGCGUUUAAAGCGGGACUCAUUCUGGACUCAAUGCAUUUGCGGUUCCUCACCAGUGAUGAGUUGGCUCCUGUUGUGGAUUCUAACAGCAGCCGGGAUUCAACAGGCCUACUCCCAGAAUUCCACUGCCAUGCCGCCUGCCACAGCUGUCACAUCCCCAGCUGCGGACCUGUACAACCGGACGCAGUACUGCAAGUGGCCCUGCGAGUGUCCCAGGGUCACCCCUACCUGUCCGCCGGGUGUGAGCCUCCUCAUGGACGGAUGUGACUGCUGCAAGACCUGCGCCCGGCAGGUGGGCGAGGUAUGCAACGAGGCAGACACAUGCGACUACCACAAGGGACUGUACUGCGACUACAGCUCGGACAAGCCUAGGUACGAAAAAGGAGUGUGUGCAUAUAUGGUGGGAACCGGCUGUGAGCAUGAUGGUGUGAUCUACCGUAAUGGGCAGAGCUUCAAGCCGAGCUGCAAAUAUCAGUGUGUGUGUGUGAACGGUGCCAUCGGCUGUGUGGCACUGUGCACAGAGUCCCAGCCUCCACGGGUGUGGUGCCAAACCCCCCGCCGGGUCAAAGUUCGAGGACAGUGCUGUGAGAAAUGGAUCUGUGAUGAACCCAAAAGAGGGCGCAAGACGGCGCCGCGACAUGCACCAGAGGCUUCCCCAGCUGAGAACAGGAGCUGGCACAAUAACUGCAUUACCCAGACUACCUCAUGGAGCCCCUGCUCAAAGACCUGUGGCCGCGGCCUGUCCCUGAGGAUUUCCAACGCCAACGAGCAGUGUGAGCUGGUCAAAGAAUCUCGCCUUUGCAACCUGCGGCCCUGUGAGGUCGACAUCACCAAACACAUCAAGCCCGGAAAGAAAUGUCUGAACAUCUACAGGGAAGAACUGCCCUCAAACUUCACCAUCUCUGGCUGCACCAGCAAGAAGCAGUACAGGCCCAAAUACUGUGGCGUCUGCACCGACGAGCGCUGCUGCAUCCCCUAUAAGUCCAAAACCAUCGACGUAGAGUUUGAGUGUCCUAACAGGACGGGAUUCACCUGGAAGAUGAUGUGGGUCCAGGCCUGCUUCUGCAACCUCAGCUGCAAAAACCCCAACGACAUCUUCGCUGAGCUGGAGAGUUACUAUGGUUACCCAGAAGUCAUGAACUAACAGGUUCAAUCAUUCUCUCUCUGGGAGCACCCUGACGUUCUUCUGACUUCUCUCUCUUAUGCAAUGUUUUGUAUUUGUAAUGUGUAUGAUUAUGUACAAGGGAUUUUCUUAUGGUCUUUUUUCCUAUUGGAAAAAUCUGUAUAUAUGAAAUAUAUAUGUGUCUCCAGAAUGGAUAUUCAUACAGCAUGUGCUUUUAAAGAAUACCUGCUUUGCAAUUGAACAAAUAUCCAUCCAGAGAGUGUGUGAAAUAUUGAAGGCCUAAUUUAUUUAUGUAGCUUUUUGCAUAUGUAAUAACACAUGCAACGUUCUUGACAUGCUUUCAGGAACAGUCACUGUCUGUCUUUAAACUCACAAGUUAGAUAAUAAGGCAUUACUGUAUAUAUUUUCCUUUAUAUUUAAUGGAAUUUACUUUAUGAUAAAUUUUAAUAAAUAGGCACAAAUGGACUGAGAUGCCAAAGACAAAGCCUUAUUUUAGGACCACGUUUGAAUAUUCAAUAAUGACAGGAUCAGGGACGAUCAGUUACAAGUUUUUUAUUGUAAUUUUUUUAAUAAAUACAAACUGUUAUGUCAUUUUAAUGCUUUUCUACAGCAUUAGACGGUUGUGCAUUGCAUCUUUACAAAGCUGUGUAUGUGUUUUACAAAGCAAAAUGUAGUGCAAGUAAAAUACAGGAGUAGAAGGUGUCAGGUAAGUUCUAUGGCUAUCCUCAUGUUAACAUGUGGACCUAUCACUUCACUCACCCAAAAAUCCACAACCACAUAGGAGCAUCACGUCUAAAAAAUGAACAAUUCCAUGGCACAUCUUUGUUCCAUUGUGCUUGAUUGCAUAGAAAUCAUCGUAAAAAAGAGAAAAAACGUUUUGUCUGAAGCCAUGAUCCGUUAAUAAAGCAUAUGAUGUAAAA